AUGCUUGCGGCCAUUCUCCAAUUCCACGACGGCAUGAGAGCAUGCGUACGGAUGGACGACGGGAGGUGCUCCGACUGGUUUGAUGUGGGGCAGGGACUCCGACAGGGGUGCAAUCUGGCACCCCUGCUGUUCAACCUUUUCAUUGCUGCGAUGCUCAUGGCGGCCUUUGCCGAGAUCAGCAAGGACGCGGAGGUGAUGGCGGACAUGGCCAAGGUCAAGAGGAAGGUGACGAAGGGGAAGGGGAGGAACGCCCGACUGGUGGAGGCAGUGAAGUCCAUCUGGAAACCCAAGACGGAGACCAUGUGUAUGCUCGCGAAAGGGAUGGAGGCGUGCUCGUUCACGAUCGACGCUGUCGGGAUGGUCUUCAAGCAGAAGAAAGACUUUGUUUAUCUCGGGGGUAAGAUUUGUCAGGACGGUAGCAUUGAGGGCGAGAUUAACCACCGAGUGCAGCGAGCGCACGCCUGCUUCCGGCGCAACAGCCAGGCAAUGUACGACCGCCCGGGGGGCCCUCUUCGACUAAAAGUACGACUCCUCCAAGCUGAAGUCGUGGAGACCCUACUCUACGGGUGUGUCACAUGGAAUCUGAAGCCAGCGGAGUACCGCAAGCUUCGGUCAGCCCACCACUUCUUCCUCCUUCGCUGCAUCGGAUGGAAAAAGAGGGAGAGAAAAGACCGACCCCUCUCCUACGCCAAAGCCCUGAUCACCGCGGGUUGCGACGAGAGCGUUGAGGCCACCGUGCGCAAGCGGCGACUGUGCUUCGCAGGAUUCGUUGCGCGCAUGAGAGACGAGAGACUCCCGAAAAUUGCUCUUUUGGGAGAAUUGCAGGGGGGAGCGAGGUAUAACAACAUAUUCGCCUGA